ACGUGACCAUUCGUCGCCAUGAUAGAAGCAGCAUGAUGCUUAGCCUGUAAUCUUUAUAUUUCGAUAAAGCUCUUGUAAAUAGAGAGCUAUAAUCAAUUGACUAUUUUUACAAAAUCUUUGAAUAGAAUAGUAGAUCAUAUUAAAUAUGUCUACGACCAUUAAUAUUCAAAAAUCAGAUGGUACUGAAGUCCAAGCCCUAGUUCGGCUAGACGAUGCCAUUCGUUGGACCGAGGAAGAAAAAGCUGAAGAGAGUUUGACGAUAAGACUUGGAAAAUUACCUUCUAGAGUAUAUGAUUGUGCCCCAUCAACCGAAGCUACCUUGGUUUUGGCUGAAAAUUGGUCUUGCUGGAAGGAUUCAAGAUCAGGAGAGAGAUAUUAUUGUUCGGACUGCGAUUAUAGUAGCUCACAAAGGGCGUAUAUCAGACAACAUGUCGACGUCACUCAUUGCGACUUCAGACCAUUCAAAUGUCCUCUAUGUGAAUAUGCUGGGAAGAGAAGUCAUGCUCUGAGAGAACACAUGUUACUUCACUCAAGAAUCAGACCCUACAAGUGUGAUGUGUGCCCAGCAUCGUUCAGGAAGAAAAACCACUUGACUACUCAUAGCAAAACGCACAUUAGGAAAUCAUCUUCAUCUACUUGUCCAUUUUGUAAGCUCCAAGUAUCAAAGCUAACUCCAUUGACAAAACAUAUUCGAACUGUCCAUAGCGAUGACGCCAUCGUUUGUGACUACUGCGAAUAUUUUACAAUUAAUAUGGAAGAAAUUGAUGAGCAUGUGUCUUCCCAUGGAAACAUUGCGACUUACAAGUGCGCACAUUGUAAUUUUUCUUGCAAGUUGAAGCAAUUAAUAGAAUCACAUGUCAAGCAAAAGCAUCAUGUGGAACAAAACAAAGAAGAUGAAAAGGAAGAACUGAUAUUGAAAUGUUCUGUUUGCGGAUUUUUAACACCCUCUCGCUCUGAAUUAAAAGAGCACAUGUCAGAACAUAUAGAAUCCCAGGGUUUUGUGCAUGAUGAAGGCUUGUAUAGAUGCACAAUUUGCUCAUAUACUUGCGAGAUGCAGAGAACAAUAAAGGCUCAUAUCUGGAAACAUUCAGGUCACAGGGAUAUAAGUUAUCCCUGCUUUAAUACUGGUGAGGAAAAUGCUGCAGUGAAAAUGGAAGCUAGUCCAAAGAGGAUUGAAACAAAUGAUGGAGGUGAUUUGGUAGUUGGUUGUCAAGUAGACGUAUUUUCCUCUGAAGAAAAAGAUGUAGUUGUUGGGCACAAUUACACAUCAUCCCGAAAACGAAAAAGAAAUGAAUCGGAAGAUGAAAGGAUGGCUAUAGCGAAAUUUUUUGUGGAGAAAUUGAACGAUUUAGCUGUAACAGUAGUUCCAGAGAAAAAAAGUAACACGGAUGAGAGCUGUUGUAGCUCCCCUCGCUCACACUCUCCAGGAAUAUCAAGUAGCCUCCUCGAGGUGGCUGAAACUUGUCUCAAAAGGGAAAAUGGUAAGAGCUCAGAAAUUAAAUGUUCUUUAUGUGCGCAUAGAGCAGAAACUACCGCCGAUCUAGAAAAGCAUGCAUUGGAACAACACUGUACAUUGAGAACGUUCAAGUGUAAAUCAUGUUCAGCAUCUUUUUAUUACAAGAAUCAGCUAAGAAUUCACAUGUCUGUUCACGAAAAUGGCGAAGUGGCUGAAUAUGGAUCAUCCAAAUGUUCUACUUGUAAUCGGAUUUUCGAAACAGUAAAUGAACUGGAAGAACAUGUUAAGACAGAUCAUAAUGCCAAAGACGGAACUCUUCAAUGCUCACAAUGUGACUUUGUUGCCAUUUCGAGUAGAGCUUUAAAAUCUCACCAAAAGCGUCAUAAAUGGGAUGCUCGCUAUGUAGCACACCCAUUAGAGCAAUACAAGUGCGCUUUAUGCGGUUAUGUUUGUCAUCAUUUACCAUCGUUAAAAUCGCACAUGUGGCGACAUUCAGCUCAUACCAACUAUUCGUACGCCGCAACUAACGAUGCAAUCAAUGCAGCUUUAGAUGGACGGUCCCAUCCUCACACAGCUACUUUAGUAACUUUUCGUUGUUGUCAGUGCGGCUAUGAAACUGAUGAGCGACAAGAAUUAACCGAGCAUAUGAUUACUCAUCAGGAUAUCAUUGAAAAAACUCUUAUGAUUAAUAAGGCAGCUCUUGGUCAAGCAGCUGUUUAA